AGGUAUAAAAGCUUCUUUACCAUUUUAGUCUCUCAAAGCUCUUUCUCAAAGCUCUCUCUGCAGUCAUGAAUCUCAGCUCUAUCUUGAGCUCCUUAUCCCGCUUCCAUCUCCGACCAAAGCUCACCAUCGUUCACCACUCUGGUUCUCAACUCUUCUCUGUCUCUUCCCUUUCAACACACUCAUCCAAAGCUCCAUCUUUUUCGCUGUUCAUCUCAUCCUUCUCCAACCACACUCCUAUUCAUCCAAAACAACCAACUUUUGCUACUACCUGCGCAAAGUCAUUGCCUUUCCUGCUCCUUGCUUCCCUUCUCUUCAUUGCUGGAUUCCACACCAGGCCUGCUGCUGCUACUGGGAAUAGUGAUGUGGUUGAGAUGUAUGAGAGGAUUCUGGACAGGAAUCCUAGAGAUAUGGAUGCUUUGAAGGUUGUUCUUUAUGGAAAAAUGAAGAAAGGUUUGCCUGGUGUUGGGGAGGUUGUAGAGUGUGUGGAGAGAUUGAUCCAAAUUGAGCCUGAGGAGUUGGAAUGGAGGCUUUUGCAGGCUCUGGCUUAUGAUUCCAUGGGUGAGCUUGAGAAGUCCAAAUUGUUGUUUAGAAACAUCUUGGACAAGAGCCCUUUUCUGGUUAGAGCUUUGCAUGGGCUGGCAUUGGCAAUGUAUCAGAAUGGUGAAGCUCCUGCUGCUUUUGAGAUGCUAAGUCAAGCCUUGAAGAUUGCUGAUUCUGAGAAUCAAGUAACUGCAAAGCGGAAUAUAAAACUUUUAAUUGCAGAAUUGCAUGUUAUGAAGGGUGACAUGGAAAUGGCAUUGAAGGAAUUAGAGGAACUUGUCAAUGAGGAUCCUCGAGAUUUUCGACCAUACCUCUAUCAGGGGAUCAUCUACAGUAAGAUGGGGAAAACAAAGGAAGCUGAUGAACAAUACGAGAUUUAUUACACCCUUGUCUAUGAUGAAUUCCCACAGAAAAGAUUUAUCGAUUCUGUCAUUAGAGAUACAAAAUCUGAAGCUGAGGUUUCACAAAAAAAAAAUGUCUUUGAGCUUUCAUCAUAAGAGUAGAAUAAGGGGCGAUAUGGAUAAGUAAUCAUGUAUACUUUAGUUUUCACACAUGUUCAUGAGACUUCAUUUUGAGGGAAAAGAAUCUAAGCAAUAGGUUGUUGUCUAUGGCUCAAAAUGGUGAAUUUUGCAAGUCAAGAUCCAUUAGUAGAGACAAGGCAUGUGAGAAGAAACCUCCUAAUGAAGUUAAGUCAUGCAUGCCCAGCCCCAGGUCUCCUCUCAGUAGUCAUGUAUUCCAAGAUUUCAUUGUUUAGGCUUUCAGAAACAGAACUCCUGAUGAACUUGUUGUCCAUGUGGAGUUAUGAAAAGGAAGAAGGAAACACAUGGACUUCUUUCAAUUCUAGUUGACUCACUUAUUAGAACAAACUUUAUCUUAUUAGAUUUUGUCGAAACUAUAGAAAUUCCAACAAAGGAUCACAGCGAUGUCCACGGACUGUACAACUCCUGGACUUAGAAACAAAACUAAG